GUGUGUGUGUGCGUGUGUGUGUGCGUGCGUGAGAGAGAGAGAGAGAGAGAGAGAGAGAGAUCAUGUGAUGAGAGAGUGAGCCUGGCUGGCUUGGUUGUGAUGUGAGACACACUCACGGUGAAGGCUACAACCACACAAACCCCACGCACCGUCCUGCUGGCCUGGUACCGAAACCUUGAACGAGGCGUCGGCGCGGUAGGUCGGCUAGGCAGGGAAACAACAACCCCCGGUGAGCUGCUUGGCUGCUGUCCCGGGGAGCAGGAGGGAAGCAUCAAUGUCUCCAGGUUCCCUCUCACACAUCGGCCUGGACCUGUUCACGUUAUCGGGCCUCCUGCACUGAGAUAAUGAGAGGAUGGCGGAGCAGCGAUGCGGGGACCACGGACGGCUGACGGAUGCUGCUGCAGCCUCCUCAGCAGCAGCAGCAGCAGCAGCAGCGACUCACCGGGAUGAGCAGCAGCAUCACAACACGAUGAAUCCAACGGUGGAAGCGGCAGUGGAGGGUCUGUCUUUGGAGGACAUACUGAGGCUGUACAACCAGCCCAUCAAUGAGGAGCAGGCUUGGGCGGUGUGUUACCAGUGCUGCAGGACGCUGGCGAAGGGACACCGGAGCAGCAGAAGCUCCGCCGCCGCCGCCGGAGCACCAUCAGCGGUGGCUCCGAUGAGGAUAUCCGGACCGGGGGAUGUUAGGAUACAGAAAGACGGGUCUGUGAGGCUGGAACACCAGGGCUGUGAAGGUAAAUACAGCCCUUGCACAACAACAGAGGUGAUUGAGUCUCUUGGCAUCAUGAUCUACAAGGCUCUGGAUUACGGGCUGAAGGAGAACGAGGAGAGGGAGCUCAGCCCUCCUCUGGAGCAGCUCAUUGACCUCAUGACCAACAUGGCCGAGGCCGAGAGAGACGCCUGCCCCGACGAAGGCUAUGAGGCGACGGAGGAAGAGGAUGAGGCAGAGGAUGACCCUGACAACAUCUCCAGUGUCCACGGCUACAGAGAUAUCUUUGAGCUGUGCACGGCUCAUCUACCCAGUCUAUCAGACACCCCCAGUCACUACCAGGCAGUAUGUCGGGCUCUGUACACAGAAACCAGGGAGCUGGGUACUUUCUUGGAGAAGAUCAAGAGUGCCAAAGAGAACCUCCGUAAGAUGGAGGAAAGGUCAUCAGAGGACACUGGACGAGACCUGAAUGAGCUACAGAACGAUGACUGGGCUCGAUUCUGGGUUCAGGUGAUGAGGUCCCUGCGUGAAGGAGUCAAGCUGAAGAAGGUGCAGGACCGUCAGUACAACCCUCUGCCCAUCGAGUUCCAGCUCACCCCCUACGAGAUGCUCAUGGACGACAUCAAGUCCCAACGCUUUAAACUGCGCAAAGUCAUGAUUGAUGGAGACAUCCCACCCAGGUUAAAGAAGAGCGCUCACGAAGUCAUCCUGGAUUUCAUCAGGUCCAGACCGCCUCUCAACCCUGUGUCAGCUCGUAAGCUGAAGCCACAGACUCAGCCUCCUCCAACACUGCACGAACGGAUCUUGGAGGAAAUCAAAUCAGAGAGGAAACUUCGACCGGUGUCGCCCGGUACGGUCCGCAGGGGACGGCUGGGUUUUGGCAAAACUCGCAGUAUGCCACAGGAUUUGUUCCGUACUGGACUAGAUGAGUUUAGUCCGUACAUGGGCAGGAGGACGUCCAGUACGCUGUCUCUGACCAAUGGAUCAACAUCUCCCAGGGGAGAACCCUCCGGAUGUCAGUCUGCACCUCAGAGGAAGAGGCUCCUGAAGGCUCCGAGCCUCUCCGAGCUGGUCAGCUCCGACUCUGACGAUGAGGUAUUUGGGCACAGAUCAGCCAGCAGCUCCAGUGUGGCUACAUCCAUGAUGGAUGAUACAUCCCCAGAGUGUGCUCUGGGGAAGAAAACUCCCCCCAUGUUCCUGCCCAUCUCCUCUACACCCCAGCCAGAGAGGCGUCAGACCCCCCAUAGGAGACACUCCAUCGAGAAGGAGACCCCGACCAACGUCCGACUGUUUCAGCCGCCCUCCAAAAAAAGCUCCAAGUCUCUGGAACCUCCUUACGUUCAGGUUGGGAUGAUAUCUUCAUAUCGUCCCUGGAUCCCCCCCUUCCUCCUCCUCCUUCUCCUCCACCUCCGCCCUUCUCCCUCCACUCUCCACUCUUUGCAGAGCUCCAACUCUAUCGAGGCAUUUACAUUGGGGUUGAUGAAGGCAGCUUUUGCUCUGUGCAAGGGCGUUUACAUCAGAAGAAGAGAGUCGGCCAAGGAGGAGUUCUGUUUCCCUGUGGAGUGUCUGUCUCUGACGGUGGAGGAGGUGAUGCACAUCAGACAGGUGCUGGUUAAAGCAGAGCUGGAGAAGUUCCAGCAGUACAAGGAAGUCUACAACGCUAUGAAGAAGGGAAAGCUUUGCUUCUGUUGUCGAACCAAAAGGUUUUCCUUCUUCACCUGGUCCUACAUCUGCCAGUUUUGCAAAAAGCCCGUGUGUGCACAGUGCUGCAAAAAGAUGCGGCUGCCAUCCAAACCUUAUUCCAGCUUGCCAAUCUACUCCAUCGGCUCGACCAACACUCUCCCCAGGGAGAGGGUGAACGCAAUGGCUGCCGUAGGACAAGCACUCUCUGUGGCUGGAGGGCCAGGGCCGGGUCCGGGGCCGGGGCCGUCAGCAGCGGGAGGGGCCACGGGGCCGUCAGCAGCGGGAGGGGCGACGGGGCCGUCAGCAACGGGAGGGGCCACGGCGUCCCCAACUCUGAAAGUACAAACAACAGGGGCAUCGAAAGGAGCUGGAAAAGCUGCUGCUAAAUCAGAGAAGUCCUCCAGAAGCCCGCAGCGCCCCAGCAUUCACAAGACCAUGUCUAAGCUUUCGAAGCACGGCUCCUUAAAGUCUCAUGAAGAACUGGAGCUUCCCCCCGAGCUGACGGAGGACUGGGCCACCAUGGAGGUGUGUGUGGACUGCAAGAAGUUCAUCACCGACAUCAUCGCCUCCAGCAAGCACAGCCUGUCACUGGCCACCAGGAGAGCUCGCCUAAAACGCAAGACGCAGUCCUUCUACCUGUCCUCCCCGAAAGGAAGGGAGGAGUACCGGCCCUCCGAACGAACAAUCAAAGAGAUCUAAAACUCUUUAUCUCUCUCUCUUUCUCUUUCUGGCUGCUUCCAGCACCUAUGGCACAAUUAUAAAGACUCAACACUGGAUAUGAGUUUACUGUACAUGUAUACUUCAGUCAGAUAACGCUGUCAGAAUAUGAACCUCGGUGGUGGACAGUUUUUUGUUGCUGUGUUCUGAUCGUCGUGUACAGCUCCUUCAGAUAACAGCAUACUGUAGAUCUGCCAAUCUUUUUUUUUUUUUUUUUUUUUUACCAUAUCAUAGAUGAUCCUUUAAUCUCUGGCCACAGACUUUUGAGUAACGAGACAAGAACUGUUGUGAUGACAAGUGGCAAUGUGUCAAAGUGGUAUGACUUCCCUCCCCUCUGAUGGCACGACAGUGUGGUCCAACCCAACUCACAUUCAAACCAAUAAGCACAAGACAGAAGAAGGACUGAUGUGUGUUUGACUUCCUCAGGCUCUGCAGAAGACACGAGGCCUGCUGAGAGAUCAUACUGUAAGUGAGAGUGACACAAGAAAAUAUGGAAUAUUAAGCUGUACAUUUUGUAUGGGUUUUAUUUAGUUUUUUUUACACAUGUGCGUACAGUAAAUGAUUGUUCGAUGAAGUCACCUUCUGUUUUUAAUUUGGAGUGUCAUUCUGCUGAUGAUGCACAAUGACUUUCCCCCACUUUCCUCCUUACUAAGCAUACUUUUAUUUUUUGAGGAAUCAGAAAAAGUCUUUUGUUUCCUCACAUUUUGCAUCAUAUAAUCAGUGAUGAAUGAUCUGUUUUCAUGCAGAUUUAGUGCCAAAUAAUAACAUCUUUUUAAUCUACAUGUCACCCAAAGAAAAGUAAUUUCCCCUGAGGUAUGUUUACAGUGGUUUUGCAACAAAAUGAUGAGACAAACUGGGCCGAGCCGUACUUAUUAAAGACCCUGAGAACGUGGUUUCAAAUCUCCAUAUCUCAGAUUGAAUAGUCAAGACACCGCUCUGAUUUUUAUUAAGAGCUUAGUGCUCAGCUAAUCUGCUUCAUCAGGACUGUGUGGAUGAGAUUUGAUCAGAUUUGAUUGACAGUGGUCUGGCACUCCAGCUAUUUUAGUAUUGCACAUCCACAAAGUAAGGGGACUUGUAAGAGACCGAUUACAAAUAGAAAUGGUGAAAAUUGAAGCUGCAGCGGCUGAGAUUAUGUGUCCCUUUUGUGUGUGUGUGUCCAUUAGUCCAUAUAUGGGUCAAGCAUAGAAAUAGAAUAGGAGUGGAAUGGACAUUUAACAAAAGAAAAUGGGGAUUGUUGUUAGUUGUUAUGGUGACAACAGGACUCACGUCAGUGGGAGAUGGAUGGAUGGCUAGUUAACUAGUUAGCUAGUCCUUCUCCGGAGUGUUGGGGAGUGAACUGGAGGGGCCGUUAAACCCAGCGCCGCCGCUGGCCACCAGCCCGCUCUUUGGCUCAUUUACUGUAACCUUGUAGCAUUAAUGCAGGUUUAGCAAAGUAGCCAGCUGGCUAGUUUGCUAAUUCCACUGUGCUAUAACGCUACACUGGUUACAGAAAAUGAGCCGAACAAAGUAGUCACUCAUCUGGCGGUAGCAAUGUGCUUUCCUACGCUGUGACAAGUGUGUGGGUGAAGCAUUAAGUUGUACAAUUAAUAGUAAAUACUCAUUUACUCUGGCUGUCUGUGCUUCAUAACGUUACAACUCCGCUACUCUUUUAGUCAUUACUGCAAAAAAGUCAGUAAUGGCAACGGUACACAUAAAAAUGGCCGCCACUCUGACCAUCCUGCUACGUUGAUUUGAAUGAGAAUGUCCGUUCUACUCCUAUUCUAUUCCUAUGGGGUCAUGCUUAAAAAAACAUUUCCCAUGAUGCAACGUUCGUUAAAACGUUCCUUACUGGUCAAUACCCACAUCUGUCUCAAGAUCCAUCCAAAAUAACCAAGUUCCCCCAUAAGCAAACACCCCCACAACUGUCAAUUCAAGCAUUGCUAAAUCCUGAUUGGUGCAAGGAAGUACAUGAACUAUGAAUGAACUAUUCUAACAAUUUGACAGAAAAUGUUAAUGCUGAUAGUAAGAAGCAGAUUGAUAAAAACAACAACAGCUUUUUAGGGCCUGUAAAGCACAUUUCUUAACCAUACAUUCAUACUGUAUGUUCAUUUGCAACUCACUGAAAUCCUUCAGAUGUGUGGAGAAGCAGGUAUUGAAACGGUAUUAUCUGCCGUACCAUGUGUAGGAUUUUUCAGUCUUGCCUUUAAAUAAUUUACAUGAAAUAUCUGCAUAUUUUUGCAUUCUUAACUGUACCUUUGCGUUGAUUAAUAUAUAUUAACUCAUUUACUUUUCUUUACAUUAAGUUGUGUUUGUAUCGUGUAAGGAUUAGUCAUAAUAAAACACCUCAUGUUCAUGUAUUUGUACAGAUGCACAGUUUAUAAAACCCUGUUAAACACUGUACAGGCAGCAAAAAAGAUAUCAACAUACUGUCCUGCUGUGCAACACAUAUUGUAAGUCUUAUAAUAUGAUGCCUUUAUGAUUUCCCUCCAUCAUUCAGAGUCUCAUUGGCUGGAAGAAAUGCCUGACUUGUGCCCUGGAUGUCCAUUUCAUUCUUCAUCACAUUCCUCAUGUUCCUCCUUAAGAUAUUUCUGCCUUAAGAGUUGCCUUUUAUGAUCACACUCAUGUGUUGAACAGUCAUCUACUGUAACUGUACAUACUUUGUUUCUAAUGGUUUGUUUGUAGAUCAGGUGUGUGUUGUUGCCUCGGUGAUUAUCUCGACAGUGAGACUGCUGUAGAUCUGUGUCUCUGAGAGGGAAACUAGCCCAGUACAGUGUGUUGAGGGGAGGAGUGGGACGUCCACAGAAGAAACCUCGCAGUGUGACAGCAUCAUGCAUGUACUACUACGGUGUAGCUUGUACCCUCAGUCUGUAUUACCUUUAAACUGUAACUCCCUGCAGAGAGUGCAACAAAUGAUGACUACAACAAUAAACUAUAAUGCAAUACCUGAU